GACCAAGGACCGAACCCUGAGGAACUCCAUACUUUAGAGCGUUGUACACGACCGCACUUUGCCCGCCCAACAAGCGGUUGGCUUCACAAUGACGUUAUUGUCCCAACCCUUGAGCCCGGACAAGUUUCACUCCUUUUACAACUGGGAAGGAAAGGAGAAUUUCUUGACGGCUUUGACUUACUACAACAAUCAGGUGUUGUCACACGGCACGAAGAUGGUGAGGACGCUUCCAGUGACGCUUCACCCCCCAAGGAUGAGCGCCACGAAGCAGAGACAGCUGAAUGCAAGCAGAAGGCAUGCCUUACAGACGGGCGUAACUGCAAGUCCUUGUACUUGACCACUCUUGCGCGGGGAGUGCCAGGCUACCACGAGGCGGAGAUGAGUUUCCGAGGGGAGGCAGACCUUCAGAGACAUUUCAUCGACUGUGACAAGCACCCAGGGCACGAGAUGUUCACCCCAGUCUCCACCUUCAGCGUCCGCGAUUUACCAGAGGGGUAUCAAGACCCGGAUAUUGUGGCCUACAUACGAGCCCAGGCGGAUCUGACAGUCCGAGUGGUCAGUCGAUACACCAGCUCGGAUAGACCGGACAACUACGCGUUCAGCGGUAUCAAAGGAGAGACGUUUUUGAGGACUGGAACCGGGUUCAUUCAGUACGUGUACAAAUGUGAGGGCCGGACGGAUAAACCGUGUCCUUGCCCAGAGUGCAAGAAUUCGGACGCUCCUCGAGCUCAGUGGGCCAAGGUGAAAAUACGUACAGCCACCCAUGUCGUUUUUGAUGACACGGAAGCGAAACAUUCUGUAGCGGAGUUGUUUUAUGACAAUCACGAGGACUUGAAGAACGGGAAAAUAAAAACUGUGUUCGGAGACAAUGUUUGUUUCGGGGCGAUACGGGGUGAUUGGUGCGACAUGCGCUGUGUUACUCACGACCUUGACCUGUGCGACUACAUCAAGGACGCCUGGGGUCGCUGGAGGUGGCUGGAGUCAAAGGUCAAUGAGAAGUUCAGAGGCGACGAGCAUCGGCUGUCAGUGGUGGUGUCCCACCCACAUGGCUGCAACAAGCAGGUCAGCGUGGGCCGCUGGGCGGAUCGUGUGGUGGUGGGCGGGUCCAAAGGCUGGGAGAGUAGCGUAUACUCCUAUGACACGCCCACAUGUCCCGGAAGUAGUGGCGCCCCUGUGUGGCUGCUGGGGAAAGUCAAGUGGGGAGGAUUCUUCGGGAGACACCCUCACAGUGGCCGCCCUUUGGAAGGUUUGAACCUCAGCGCUACGGGAUUGGACAGAACCUCGUGAUCAUUUUCAUCAAAACUAUCUCAAUACCACUGGGUUGGGAAAAAAUCUAAAAAUGUAUUUUAUUAUUAUUACUAAAACUAACGCCAAUGCUAUUUGGUUGGAUAAAAUCUCAAACUUAAUUAUUACUAUCAUCAACACCAACAGCAAUGCUAAUUAUUAAUUUGGAUUAACUCCUCUAAUCUCUUGAAUCGAUACUAAACCCAGUGCUACUCGUGGACUGGACGGACUCUGUGGUCACGUUGAUCAAAACUAACCUCAAUGUUACUGGAUUGGAUAGAAUGUCGUGAAUAAUAUUACUAUUAUCAAAAUUUCACACUCAAUGCUGCUGGAUGGAUAAAAUCUCGUGAUUAAUAUUACAUGUACUAUUGUCAAAGCUUCACUCAAUGCUACUGGAUUGGAUAAAAUCUCGUUACCACUUUAUAGAAAACUAACCUUGUUGCUAUUGGGUGGGAUAAAAUCGCCUAGGAUAAAAUCACGUGAUAUAAUAAACCUCAGUGCAAGUGAGUGGGAUAAAAUCUCGUGAUCACUUUAUUCAAAACUAAUCACAGUGCUGCUGGGAAGGACAAAUAAUACAGACAGCGAGCACCAGUUUCGUUAGUUUAAGUUUUAAUAAGGGUUAAAUGGCACUUUCUACACAAAUGCUGUUGCAGGUUGCCAAAAUCCUUUUUUUUUUAAAUUCACAGCAGUUUCGAGAUAAAGAAUUUUUUAAUUUUUUUUUGGUCUGCAUAUUCAUCUUUGAAAAGUGUUUUUCGGAAUUUGAAUUCUAAUCUAUCUUCUUUUUAAAAACUAGUCACAGUUUCACUUUGAUGUUUUUUUCACACAAGUAGAGUAACUGAUCAUACUUUCUUUUUUUUUAAAUUGGCACCAGAAAUGAAAAGAUGGCGUGUUAUCAGCUUACGGAAGAGUAAGUCAUAUAAGUGCUAAAGGUUAGAGAUGUUACUCUGUAGUAACGUUCCAAGAAAAGAAGGAGAGAUAAUGACGAUAGACAUAUUAGGCCUAUGUUAAUUUGAUAGGAAAGAAGGGGAAAAGCACACCAGAGUAUCCACCAACCACCCGCCACCAGUGUCUAUUCAAAUUUAAUACGAAACAUUUAUUGUAAUUACCGACCUCUAAGUCAUGUAGUAAAACCUCUUGGAACGGCUGGUAUCUUGCUGGUCUUGAAUGUUUGGGACCCUUUUAAUUCUUUUCGUGCCAAUCCACAAUAUAACGUACAUAGCUAUCGUAAGUCUCCAGUGCAAAACUUAUCCUUUUUUCGAUGAAUAGAUCCAUUCAAUGUAUUUUGUUCAGACACCAUUUUCUAGUAUUUAAUUAUUUUGUCUCUCUUUUGAUGUACAACAUAUAUAUUUGUGUGUGUGUGUGUGUGUGUGUGUGUGUGUGUGUGUGUGUGUGUGUGUGUAUGGAGAAAAGCUAUUUCUGAGCAACGGGGGGGGGGGGGGGCUAAUAAAAAGUCGUGCAUUGUCAAAAAUUUAGUUCCAUCAGAAAACACACGUUUUCAAUAACGUAUUGAAUGGGUUUUAUGAUAGUAUAAAUAUUCUUAUAUUUAUAAUUAUUGUUGCAAGAAGAAGAAGAAGAAGAAGAAGAAGAAGAAGAAGAAGAAGAAGAAGAAGAAGAAGAAGAAGAAGAAGAAAAAGAAGA